AUCUUUUACUAGUGAAGAAGGGCAUGGUAAAGGUUUGCAUGUGCUUUAUUAAUAGGAUACUUUCUAUCACCCAUGCCCUCAGAGAUUUCCUCCCUUGGAAAAGUGCCAGCAGCCUCCUCUUUCCAAUAUCAUGGACUCCUGUCUUCCUAACAGCUGAAGAUGAUCUGCUUAUCAGAUAACACCAUCCAGUCGAUUUUCUGCUGCUGCUGUUGCUGUUCCAUGCAGAAGCGACAAGUGAGGACACAAAUAAGCCUUAACAAAGAUGAAGAACUUUCAGAAAAAUACACACAGCGUCGCCCAUCCUGGUUCAGUAAAUUGCCAAGUAAGAAGCAACCUAACAGGGGCCAUGGGCAACCAUCAAAACGCAAGCCGCUGCCUCCCCUCCCACCCUCUGAGGCUUCUGAAGAGAAGAUCCACGUUAAGGCACUCUACAACUUCCUGCCCAGAGAGCCAUAUGAUUUAGCCUUAAAGAAAGCAGAGGAAUAUUUUAUCUUGGAGAAGUAUGAUCCUCACUGGUGGAAGGCAAGAGACCGCUUGGGGAAUGAAGGCUUAAUUCCAAGCAACUAUGUGACCGAAAACAAACCAACUAAUUUAGAAAUAUAUGAGUGGUACCAUAGGAAUAUUACUAGAAAUCAGGCAGAACAUCUUUUGAGACAAGAGUCUAAAGAAGGUGCAUUUAUUGUCAGAGAUUCAAGACAUUUGGGAUCCUACACCAUUUCUGUGUUUAUAAGAGAUAAGAGAAAUAUGGAGGCUACUGUCAAGCAUUAUCAAAUUAAAAGGAAUGACUCAGGACGGUGGUACGUGGCUGAAAGGCACCUGUUUCAAUCAAUCCCUGAGUUGAUCUGGUAUCACCAGCACAAUGCAGCCGGGCUCUUGUCCCGUCUCCGUUACCCAGUUGGUCUGAUGGGCAGUUGUUUGCCAGCCACAGCUGGUUUCAGUUAUGAAAAGUGGGAGAUAGAUCCAUCUGAGUUGGCUUUUGUGAAGCAGAUUGGAAGCGGUCAGUUUGGGGUGGUCUAUUUAGGCCAAUGGCGAGCACAUGUCCAGGUAGCUAUCAAGGCCAUCAACGAAGGCUUCAUGUCUGAAGAGGAUUUCAUUGAAGAGGCUAAAGUGAUGAUGAAGUUAUCUCAUUCGAAGCUGGUUCAGCUUUAUGGAGUGUGUAUACAGCAGAAGCCCCUCUAUAUUGUGACAGAGUUUAUGGAAAAUGGCUGCCUGCUUAACUAUCUGAGAGAGAGAAAAGGAAAGCUUAGCAAGGAGAUGCUACUGAGUGUGUGCCAAGAUAUCUGUGAAGGAAUGGAGUAUCUGGAGAGAAACUGCUUUAUCCAUAGAGAUUUAGCAGCAAGGAAUUGUUUGGUCAGUUCUACAUGUAUAAUAAAAAUUUCGGACUUUGGACUGACAAGGUACGUUUUGGAUGAUGAAUAUGUCAGUUCUUCUGGAGCCAAGUUCCCAGUCAAGUGGUCUCCUCCUGAAGUUUUCCAUUUCAACAGAUAUAGCAGCAAAUCUGAUGUCUGGUCCUUCGGAGUUUUGAUGUGGGAAGUUUUUUCAGAAGGAAAAAUGCCUUUUGAAAAUAGGUCAAAUUUGCAAGUUGUGGAAGCUAUUUCUAAAGGCUUCAGGCUGUACCGACCUUACCUGGCACCAAUGUCCAUAUAUGAAGUCAUGUAUAGCUGCUGGCAUGAGAAACCUAAAGGCCGCCCGACAUUUGCUGAGCUGCUGCAAGUUCUUACAGAGAUUGCAGAAACCUGGUGACCUAAAGGGACUGCCAACCCAGAGGAUCAUCCUGCAAGACUGUCAUGAAAGGAAACCCCGGGUGAAGUCACUGAUGGUGAAUAUCACCCUAUAGAGCCACUGACUCUGAGAAACAGUGCAAAAGUCACAGGCUUUUCCAAUUUGUUAAAGCUUGACAGUAUUCUGAUAAUAACUUUUCUACAUGUAUGUUUGAGAGUGACUUCUAGACUUGGAUUUUUCUGUAAUAUUCUUUAUGUCUCAUCAAUGAAGAAUGAAAACUUGCUCCAUGGUGGUCAUUAGAGUGGCUGCUCUUCAUGAGAAGCGCCCUGAGAGCCCCACGGUUACAUGAAAACCUCACCCUUUGCUAAAGAGGGGUGAGUUUUUUUUUUUUACUUUGGUGGCUCAUGCAUAGAAGAUGAAAAUAAAUUCUGCCAAAUCCUGGAAUAAAGGAGCCUCCCCUGCAGGAUGUCAUGCUUUAAGCUGUACAGAUCUUUAUGAAAAAUGCACCUUUACAAGCCACAUGUGUGGGCAUUUUGGAACUGUCCUUCAUAAUCUUUCUUAUGUUAUUUAAUAAACUAUUUUUGCACAGA